AUGUUUUUGUGUGUUCUCUACACUGCAUCCUAUUCAUUCAACAACAGCUGUAUCCCGUUUUUGAUCAUUGCGGUUUUGGCACUUAAAUGUUGGCAUACUCGAAAAACCAAAGCAAGAAUAUCCGCCGAAUGUGAGAAGGAAAUCAGCGAGUUCCAAUGGAUCAGUGUAUUCGAUUCGGAGGAGAUUAAGACAAACAGCAACGACAACAAUAACAACAACAAUGAGACACGAGUUUUCAGCUUGAAAGAUGGCAGAACAGAGCUUUUGCACUUCUUCACCGUCCACGUUGAACCAUUGAACCAGAGAUAUCGAGAAGAGAAGUAUAGGAGCGACUGUUGGUUCCUCGCCAUGCUUGCCCCUAUUUACAUCGUCGCUCAUUUUUCCGUCUUUCGUGCACACUACCUCGAUUCGUCUAGGAACCUCAACACCAGUGUGUGCUCUCGAUAUUUUUUUCUCGAGAGAUCAGGAUUUCGAUAG